UGACACAAAUGUAUUUCCAUUAAUGUUUUUGUUAGCCGAUGAUAAUCAAUUAACUAUUUUUCUCGCAAAAUGUCGUUCAUAUACAUAAACAGAAGCAUAGUCAGAACUCGGUCCUUAAAGUCCCGGUUUGUUUAAAAGCGUCAACGUUUUUGCUUGGGGAAUAACCCAUUCUUAAAAUAAAACUUGAUAAGCUGUCCCGUCCCCAUAGUGCUUAUAGGGUAGAAAGAGAUGGAGCAUAUUAGCGUUUUUAAACAUAAAAAAGGCAUGGAGAAGGAUUCUAAGAGAUAAGUAGUUAAUAGCAUGAUGUUCAGUUAGUUUUGUGAAGUUAUAUGCUGAUAUUUAUGGUGCAAAUGAAAUUGUGGUUCCGUCAGUCAUUUUAGUAAAUACACCGUUGGCAGACGCUAUCGGAGACCCAGAAAUAGUAGUUUUGCAUUCUCCUUAAUUGUGUAAAUGAACUACAAUACCUAUUCCUUUUUCGUAACCAAGAUGGCGCUUCCAGAUCUUGACCCUCGGAAUGGAGGCUCUUGCAGCAACUGUUUGGCGAACAAGUUUCUCUGUUACGUCAUAGCGUAUGUGCAAAUGAUGCUGUGGAUUUGCUCUUUAUUCACCGUGAUGUUCGACCCGGGGUCCAUGAGGGUAGUCGUGGAGAAAAACGAUACAGCUGUCACUGUUAUAGCUAUCAUCAUCCUACUCGUGUCUAUCGUGUUUUCUGCUCUGCUUCUAGUUGGAUUACAUAAGGGGAAGCAGGUAUUCCUAAAAAGCUACUGCAUAUACGCUGGUUCUUACGUGUUGCUGAUGAUAAUAUCCUUAGUCGUCACUAUCUUCGUCCAGCCGUCGAGACUUGGUGUCCGAGGCUUUUUCUCCACUAUAUUUAAUAUAAUUCUUCAGGCGUUCUUCCUCGUCGUAGUCAGAAGUUAUUAUUUGUUGCAUUACUGUAAUGCCGGACGCCAAGCUAAUAUUCGAGCUACGAUUUAGUGAAGAAUUUAGAAAAAUAUUGUUUGGAGGAAGCGCCUUAUGAAACCUACCAGAAGAUGCUAGGAUUACGCAUAAUAUUGAAAGACUUAAUAACUUAUUUCUCUUGUUUUUAAUAUUUACUGAAUUUGUAAUUGUCUACGUAGCAAAUAAUACAAGUCCUUGUUCAAUCACUUAUGGUGACAGCCCUCAGUUUUUCGAACUCUCCUCAUCACAACAUUUUGUUAUUCAACGUUCGAAUCCCGUGUACGUCGUUCUUAUUAGAUUUACCUUGUUACCUGAUCACAGUACACCAAUUAAGUACAACACUGAGUAAAGUGUCGCCAUUAAGUAUCUCGCUGUCUUCAUCACUGUCAAUUGGAAUAAUUUAAGGGUCACUGUGAAAAGUGUAUUCUUUUGCAAGCGAUUAUGGAACACGUGCUAUCUAGAACCCGAGGGUUUAAAUAAGUGGUUUUGAGCACUUUUUGAAAAAAAAAACACUAGAGAUAUAUGCAGA